UCUCACUGAAAGUGGCACACUUUCUUUUUCAUAAGCUGAGAAUCUUCUGUCACAUGCUAGUGGCCGUGUCUGCCUUUCUCCUCCUACUAGUCUCAAGGAACCACCUUUCCCCUUACUUCUUCCCCUUGAUCCUCACCCAGACACCGCUACUGCAAACACCAUUCCCAUUCAUAUUCACCUAUACCUUCAUACACAGGCUGUCAUCAUCCAAGUGUGAGGAUCAGGAGAAGGGUGUGACAAGAAGAUGCUGAAGAAACUGCUAUCGAAGACUAAGAGCAAGAAGAAGAAGGAUGCUGCGUCUUCUUCCCUCCCCACCUUGGAUCGACUACACGAGACCCUAGAAAUGCUGGAGAAGAAAGAGCGUUUUCUUCAGAAAAAGUCUUCCGCGGAAAUAGAAAAGGCGAAGGAUUAUACAAAGGCAAAGAAUAAGAAUGCUGCAAUUCAGUGUUUAAAGAAAAAGAAGUUGUAUGAAACACAGAUUGAGCAGCUAUCCAAUUUUCAGUUGCGAGUUCAUGAUCAGAUUAUAAUGCUUGAAAAUGCAAAGGCAACAACUGACACUGUUGAUGCUUUGCGCUCUGGGUCAUCUGCUGUCAAAGCUAUUCAACAGUCCCUGAGUAUCGAUGACAUUGAGAAUGCAAUCGAAGAGGCGAAUGAACAUACGGAAAAUAUGAAACAGAUACAGGACGCACUUGCUACACCAUUCGGUGCUUCGGCUGAAUUCGACGAGGACGAGUUAGAGGCGGAACUGGAAGACCUCGAGGAGGAAGAACUGGACCAGGAGCUGCCUGAACCGCCACGGGGGACACACGUGGCGCCAUCAGCAUCGGCGGCGACUUCUUCUCGACUGGCGGCUAGCGAUUUCGCUGAACUGACCAAACUUCAAGCAGAGAUGGCGCUUUAGGGAUCUGAUAUAAAAAUACUGUGGUUUGGAGGGGAUGCUCUCAUUGAAACCUCAGAGGUUCACUGCCAUCCUUGCGGCGUGCAUUUAACAUCUUGUAAAAUUCAGGCUAUGUUGAAGAGCAUCCACUCCUGUUAAUUUCUUGCAUGCUAUUUGGCUCUCUAUCUGCGUGCACUGUCCUGACCCGACGUCCUGAUUGAGGGCUCCUUUGAAUCAAAGGAUUUUUAAAUGA